UAAAAUCCGUAUUCCCGCCAGUGUUCCAGUAGGACCGCGAUCAGUCGCAAUCGGAAAAUGGAGGACGGCAGUCCAGUGCAGUGUCCAAACACGGUGACUGUUCGGAGAAACCCUCACCGGAGAGCCAGAGCUACGCCGGCUGCCAAAGCAGCCGAAUCCAAUCUUACAUCUGCCAUUUCUUCAUUUCCACUUCAAGAAAUUCUCGCGAUGGAUGUCCCUCAAAACCCUAAAGACAAUUCAUCAGCAUCGUCAUCCGUUCAAACUUCUCUCUCCGAAAACCUGAAAGUGUACCUUAGAGUUCGACCUUUGCAGCUGAAGAAUUUGAAGAAGUCCGGAAAUCCUGGUGAUCAAAAUUCUUCGAGGUCCGGACAUGUAUGGCCUCAGAACCCCCAGAAGAAGAAAGCAGCGAAGGAGAAGAAUGUUAAGAAGAAGAGCAAUGAGGCUUGUAUAACGAUUAACGACGAUCACUCAGUAACAGUCUGUCCGCCCAUGGCAUUACAAGAGACUAGGCGGAGCAAGUCUGAGGUUUACGAAGGAUUUUCCCACGUGUUUUCUAUGGAAUCCUCUCAGGAUGAGGUGUAUGAGAGGAUGGUUAGUCCUUUAGUGGAGGAUUUUCUGAAGGGAAAAAGUGGAAUGCUGACUGCACUUGGUCCGAGCGGAUCGGGUAAGACCCAUACUAUUUUUGGCAGUCCAAGAGUUCCUGGAAUGGUUCCACUGGCCCUUCAACAUAUUUUCAGGACAGAGUCGAGUGAUUCCAAGACCUCCAGAUCAUAUUAUCUGUCAAUCUUUGAAAUAUACUCAGAAAAAGGAAAAGGAGAAAAGAUGUACGAUCUUUCAGCAGAUGGGGGUGAGUUAACUAUGCAGCAGUUUACUAUCAAGGGCCUUAAAGAGGUUUUAAUUUCUAAAGCCGGAGAAGCUGAAUCAUUAGUGGCUUGUGCAAUGACCAAGCGUGCCACUGCAAUUACGAAUGCAAAUAGCACAUCGAGCCGGUCCCAGUGCAUCAUUAAUGUGCGUAGAGUUGCUAACCAAGAUGAAGUUGAAGAUGCAUCGAACUGUGCCAUCUUGACCAUUGCUGAUCUUGCUGGAGCUGAAAAAGAGAAAAGAACCGGGAAUCAGGGUACAAGAUUACUUGAAGCUAACUUCAUCAAUAAUACAUCAAUGGUUUUUGGCUUGUGCCUAAGAUCAUUGUUUGAACACCAAAGGAAUCCAAAGAAGCCACUGCAGAAGCAUUUCCAGAACUCUUUGUUGACCAAGUACCUUCGAGAUUACCUGGAAGGAAAGAAGCGAAUGACCUUGAUUUUAACUGUGAAAGCAGGAGAAGAAGAUUAUCUUGAUACAACUUUCCUUCUCAGACAAGCUUCACCUUAUAUGAAAAUCAAGUUCAACAAUGUCGUGGAACCAUCCAACACCAACAAGAGACAAUUGCAAACGUUAUGUACAUUUGAGGAGCAGAAAAGAACAAAAUAUAGUGUUCCUGAAGCUUGUGUGAAUGAAGGAAAGAGACAUCACAAGGAAGACCUGCUUGCUCAUGAAGAGCCUUCCGGUCAUCCCAAAGGUACAGCCACAGAGUCUAGCCGUACAGAAUUGGCUGGGAUUGAAAGAAACCAUUUGAUUUUGCAGAAUUUUUCUCAAGCCAUAUGGAAAACCUUGAAGCAGUAUAGAGAUAAACUAAAGAGUGCAGAGAAUGAAAAUCAAAUUCUUCGAGAAGAAAUUAGGCAGGAAAAGAUGAGAUAUUUUGAGCUGGAAAAACAAUGGCAAAGUACAAGAUGUAGUACUUGCUCCAAGAAAGAUUGUGCCGAAGCGGAUUCAUCUGUCGAAGUAGCUUCAAAUUUUGAGUUAAAUAGUGAUUUGGAGGAGCACAGAUUCAACAAUUCUCACAAGAUAAUUGUGAACUCUUUCAUCAAAGUGAAGGAAUCUGAGGGAAAAUCUCCAGAAAGACGUGGCUCCUCUCUCUAUGAAGAUAUAAAUUGUUGCUCAAAACUUGAUGAAGUUAAAGAGGCACAUACAGACAGUAUAGACGAGACCACUCCUAGGAACAAGUGCAACACGGCGAAAAAACUUACAUAUGUGGAAGCAGAUGAUAGUUGUCCGACAACAAAUCCUAUAGCCUUUAGCACCCAGCAGUCCCAUAAAUUGGUGAAGCAUGACAGCUGUUCAUCGGUAGAGUUGGACAAACUCAGUGAGCAAGAGGAAUCUACCUCAGUCGAAUCACAUUUACAAAUAGGCUCCAAUAUUCACUGCGAUGCUCAUGCAUGUGAAACUCAACUUGUACCUGAUACAUCAUUAAAUCAAUCAACUUCAGAGGAGUCCGAUAGGGAUUCAGGUGCCUUGAAUGAAGACCAGGAACUCUUGGGGGAAUUUCCGGAUUCUCAACAUGUACCUCCCACCGAGGAUGUUGAAUCUUAUCAAGAACAAGAGCACAAAAAGGAUGUGCAUUGCAGUGAUCCAAGCACUGACAACUCAUGCAAACUAGAGAAACCAAAAAGGAGACUUUUGCCCGCAUCAUCCACACUAUUGCGGGAUUUCAGCAAUAUGCAUGUCGAGGAUGAUAUUGAGGCGUCAAAGGUUCUUUUUGCUUAUCAGCAGGUAAACAGAAAUGGGAAAAAAUCAGCCAAAGGCGAAAAACUUAGAACACAGGGUAACAUCUCCCUCAUUCGCAUGCUGAAGAGUAAUCUCCGGUUCUAGUAAGUUCACAACUUGCUCUGCUCUGAACUCCUUGAUUAUUAUUUCCAGUGAGGCAAUCCUUGUGUAGUAGUGUUCCAUUCUUUUGGUUUCUUGACUUGGGCUUGGGGUUGUAGUAGUUCUUUUGCUUUGAAAAUGACUGGGCUUGUGUGCUUAGCUUCCUGUACAUGUGGUGCCGAGAGCGAUAUUUUCAAUUUCAUUUUUUCUUUCGAUUGUUUUUGUUACUUUGUCGGUAAUUCUCUUACCUUUGACACAGAACUUUAUGCUAAAUUUCAUAAGAAAAGAAUAAAUGGAGUUGAGCUGGCUA